CUGGAACUUUCCCUCUCUUAAAAAACGACUCACAAAACCGCAUUCACACCGUAUUUGUCCCCCACAUCUCUCUUUAAUCCCUUUUUCAAUUUCAUAUUUCAACAUUUUUUUAUAUUAUCUUCAUCAAAUCCUCAUAUGGGUCUUGUUUCUUUCACAAUUUCACAUGUUCUAUUGGUCAAUCAAGUAUCAAACAUCCGCCAUUUUUCUUGUUCUGUUCACAUCUGUUGUCUCAGGCAUUUUGUCAAACACUUCAGAUUGUUGAUUAAAGAAUUGGAUGGAAUGAAAGAAAUAACACCUAACAACACCAAUAUCACCAAUAGCAGCAAGCUUAUGCAACAAAGAAAGAGAAAGGCGGAUGCUUUAGGCUAUGAUUUGAAUCUUGCAACCAGUAGCGGUGGCGAAACGGCGGAGAAAGGCGGCGAUGGGCCGCAAAGACGGUUGUGGGUGAAGGACAGAUCAAAAGAUUGGUGGGAUAAAUACAACAGUGCAGAUUGUCCAGAUGAUGAGUUUAGAAAAGCAUUUCAAAUGGGGAAACAAACAUUCGACACGAUUUGCGACGAGCUUAAUGCUUCUGUCGCUAAAGAGAACACUAUGUUGAGAGAUGCAGUCCCUGUAAAACAAAGAGUUGCUGUUUGUAUAUACAGAUUAGCCACUGGUGAAUCUUUAAGACUUGUUUCAAAGAAAUUUGGAUUGGGAAUCUCCACAUGUCACAAACUUGUUCUUGAAGUUUGUUCUGCUAUAAAAGAUGUCUUGAUGCCCAAGUAUCUCCAAUGGCCAAAUCACGAGUCAAUGAGCGUAAUCAGCGACGAAUUCCAAACACUUUCGGGUAUACCCAACGUUGUUGGAUCAAUGCACACAACUCACAUACCAAUCAUCGCUCCAAAAGUUAACGUCGCAGCGUAUUUCAACAAACGCCUGACGGACAAAAAGCAAAAGACAUGUUAUUCCGUAACUAUCCAAGGCGUUGUUAACGCGAACGGGGUGUUUACGGACGUGUGUAUCGGGUGGCCCGGGUCAAUGCCGGAUGACCAAGUGUUGGAAAAAUCCGCUCUUUCUCAACGCGCAGACAGUGGGCUGUUGAAAGGCGUGUGGAUCGUGGGCGGGUCUGGGUACCCGUUGACGGAUUGGGUGUUGGUGCCGUACACACAACCGCAUUUAACGUGGACUCAACACGCGUUUAACGAAAAGAUUGAUGAGAUUUUGAAGGUUUCUAAAGAUGCAUUUUCGAGAUUGAAAGGAAGGUGGUCUUGUUUGCAGAAAAGAACCGAAAUGAAGCUUCAAGAUUUGCCAGUUGUUCUCGGCGCGUGUUGUGUUUUGCAUAAUAUAUGUGAACUUAGGGAUGAACCGGUCGAACCCGAUUUGGUUAAUGAGGUUGUGGAUGAUGAUGAUGUUGAAAUGGUGGUUCCUGAAGUUGCAUUGAGGUCUGAGUUUGCUAGCAAGGCUAGAGACACAAUGGCACAUAAUCUUUUGCACCAUAAUCAUGCUGGAACUUCAAUCUUGUAAAAGUUGCAUAUAUCAUUGAGAGUUUGAUUUAUGUGUAUUCCACUUGCAACAAAUAUUUGAUUUUUUUUUUUAAAUUUCUUUUUCACCCUGAGAAGUAAACCGAUACCCUGCUAACCAAUGGGAUCAGGUAAAACGACAGUUGUUGUAUUUUAUCUGGACAGGCGACCUUCAAGGGGGUUAAAGACAGAAAACCAGUAAAAAUAAUAUGAAUAUUUGGGAUUUAGAUAGGAUGAAUUUAUAGACAUGUUGCAUACUAUACAUAAAAGUUGUAAGUUUGUUCCUAUACUUAUUCAAUCAACAAUGGAUGAAUGAAGUAGAACAAUUUCACCUUUUUUUA